AGCAGGCGUUGUGCCCAUCCCGGGUGGACCGGCCUCUCUCUCUGCCUCGAAACGCGGGUCGCCAGAGAGGCGCCAUGGGCUUCGGGAAGUUCUCCCCCUUCCUCGCUCUUAGCAUCUUGGUCCUGUGGCAAGCAGGCAACCUCCAGGCAGCGCCAUUCAGGUCUGCCUUAGAGAACAGCCCAGACCCGGCUACACUCAAUGAGGAGGAAGCGCGCCUCCUGCUGGCUGCACUAGUGAAGGACUUUGUGCAGAUGAAGGCCAGUGAGCUGGAGCAGGAGACUGAGGAUUCCAGUGUCACCGCCCAGAAGAGAGCCUGCAACACUGCCACCUGUGUGACCCACCGGCUGGCAGGCUGGCUGAGCAGAUCAGGGGGCAUGGUGAAGAGCAACUUUGUGCCCACUGACGUGGGAUCCAAGGCCUUUGGCCGGCGCCGCAGGGACCUUCAGGCCUGAGCAGCUGAGGGACUCAAGGAAGAAGGUG